AUGUACAGCUUCAUGGGUGGCGGCCUCUUCUGUGCCUGGGUGGGAACCAUCCUCCUGGUGGUGGCCACAGCAACAGAUCACUGGAUGCAGUACCGGCUGUCAGGGUCCUUUGCCCACCAGGGCCUGUGGCGUUACUGCCUGGGCAACAAGUGCUACCUGCAGACAGAGAGUAUCGCUUAUUGGAAUGCCACCCGGGCCUUCAUGAUCCUGUCUUCCCUGUGCGCCACCUCGGGCAUCAUCAUGGGCAUCCUCGCCUUCGCUCAGCAGCCCACCUUCACCCGCCUCUCCCGGCCCUUCUCCGCAGGCAUCAUGUUUUUCGCUUCCACCUUUUUUGUCCUGUUGGCCUUGGCCAUUUACACUGGAGUCACUGUCAGCUUCCUUGGUCGCCGCUUUGGGGACUGGCGCUUUUCCUGGUCUUACAUCCUGGGCUGGGUGGCCUUGCUCAUGACCUUCUUCGCAGGGAUUUUCUACAUGUGUGCUUACCGGAUGCAUGAAUGUCGGCGCCUGUCUGCUCCCCGCUGAGCCCAGUGUACUCCCAACUUCAUCUGGAAGUUAGAAUGGGGCCACUGAAAAGGAGGGGGAGGGUCUAGAGGCCUGAAGUCCCGGUUCCUGUGGGCAUGAGGAGGUUCAGUCCUGGACUCCAGGUGGGGACCUCUGACUCCUGUGUCCCAAGGGGGAAUGAGGAAGAAUGGGGCCUGGUGGGAAGCAGCUGAGAAGACCCAAGGCCCAGCCCACAAAGGGGGGGUAUUAGAGAAAUGGGAUCUCCAUUAGAGCGACUUUUUGAGAGUCUAAUAAAACUGAUGUGAAACUA